AUGAUUAAAAGUAGUCGUACUAAAAGGAGAAAAAUAAAAGAAUGCUUAGACAUGAUUAUUAGUUCAACUGAAAGCUAUCCACCUACUUCAAGCUGUUCAAAUUUUGUACCACCAGUUUCUAAUUCAAUUUCUUAUGAACAUCCUAUGGAUUUAAUGACUUUUAGUUCUUAUAAUGCUACCGUAAAUGUUGAAAGUGAAACUACAAAUUAUAUCGAUCCACCUGAAAAUGUUAUUGAACACGAGCCAUUACCCAUAGAAGUAGACUUUAAAAAUGAUUUAGCUUCUUGGGCAGUUGAGAAUAAAGUACCUUUGAACGCUGUGAAUGGUUUACUUUCGGUAUUGAACAAGCAUGAUUGUUUCUCUGAAUUACCAAAAGAUAGUAGGACUCUUUUAGGAACUUUCCACAAAAACAAUUAUCCUAUUCGAACAGUAGAUCCAGGAAUUUAUUAUCAUUUUGGUAUUGCUAAAGGUAUUCUUAAAAAUUAUGAUGUUACUUCUAAUAAUGGUAAUGAUCUUAUACAAAUUGCUGUAGGUUUUGAUGGUUUACCUUUAUCCCGGUCUAGUAAAAGUCAGUUUUGGCCAAUAUUGGCAUACAUCAGAAAUUCAUUUACUAGUAAAAAAGUUUUCCCUAUAGGUGUUUAUCAUGGUGAUGCUAAGCCAAAAGAAAGUGAUGAUUUUAUAUUAGAUUUUGUGAAUGAAGCUGUAGAUUUAUCUACUAAUGGAUUAUAUAUAAAUGAUAAACACUUUAAAAUUAUAUUUGAUCUUUUUUGUUGUGACGUUCCGGCUAAAAGUUUUAUUCUUAAAAUUAAAGAUCAUUCUGGGUUCUCUUCAUGUACUCGGUGUUAA